AUGGCUGAGAUUAAGCGAUCCAAAAAAUUUGAGGAGAUUGAUCGAUUAAGCUUACUCCCAGACGCCAUCCUUAUACAUAUUAUGUCUCUCCUUCCAAUCAAAUCCGCCGUAACCACCUCCGUCUUAUCGCACCAAUGGCGUUACCACUGGACUCACAUAACCAACAUCGUCUUCUCCUCAACUUGUCUUCCUCAUCCUACUCAUGAUAACUCUGCGGCUGAUUAUCGCAUCCUUCCGCAGCUCACCUCGACAAAGAUUCACCGUUUUUAUCUCUUUCUGUGGAGUGAGUGGAAGGAAUUUUCCAAUAUAGAAUCUUGGAUGCAUGAUAUAUGCUGCCGAAAUCCAGAGCAGGUUGUAUUGGAAUCGACUCGUUUUAAUGAAAAUGAUAUUACUUUACCGUCUUGUAUUCUUCAAUGUCAAUCUCUGGUGGAGAUUAAAAUAAUCGGAGAUGUCAGUAUUAAGCCACUGGAUAAAGGGUUUGUUAUGAUUCUUCCGAAGUUGAGGAAACUUCAAUUAUCUGGCUUCAAUUGUCAUCAGUUGGCUGAAAUUCUCAGGUGUUGUCCACUGUUGGAAGAUUUAAGUCUGUCAACGAAUAAAUUUAGAAUGAUUGAGCAGAUUGUAGAUUUAUCGACCCAUAAUCUCAAGAAAUUGGUUAUUAAAUGGGAUGAACCAACCCUUCUGCAACCGAAAUUCGUGAUCAAUCUGUCAAAGCUGGAAGAAAUUACAUUACAGGCUCCUGGUCUAAUGUUGGUUCGAUUUGUUGGGAGUAUAGGUGCAUUAAAAAAAGCAGAUAUUCGUUUAGGAUAUGGUCCUUUGAAAGAAGAAGAUUUCCGUAAUGGUGGUACAUCACUCGCGUACUUGAUUUCUCGUGUAAUAGAUUACAGUACUUUUAAUGUUCUUGCUAAUAGAUUACAGUGGAAUGAUGUGGUGCUACUUCUAAGAUGUUGUCCUUGUUUAGAGGUGUUCCACUUAUCACUACCUCAACAUUCGAGUCACUUUAUAAAAUCGAAUUUGCCCGAACAUUGGCCUACUUGUGGGACUCGGUUAAAGUACGUAGAGAUCAAAUACCUUAGUGAUACUGAUGAAGAUGUAGAGAUGAUCAAGUAUAUUUUGAGUUGUGGAAAAGUGUUAGAAUUGCUAUCAGUCGAUGUGUACCUAGACCGGCAAUGCUAUUCAAAAGGAGAAGCCAUAUGGCGAGAGCAUGAGUUAUGUGAGAAAUUGUUCCACCUUGAGAAUCCCUCAGCUUGUGAGAUCAAGUUCAUAGCUCAAUUUGUUAACUCUUCAAAUAAGAGCUUCAUUCCUCGUCGUAGAAGUAUUCGUUUGGCAAAGUACAAAGUAGUUUAG